GUUAAGUAUUUUGGAGGGAAGUAAAAUUAAAAGGUCAAACAAACAAAAAUGUUAGGUCCGGCAUGCUGCUCAAACCCACCAAUUCUGAACUCUUUCAGUGGUGCUGGCCAUGUUGCUAAACUUGGUGGUGUUGAUGCUUAUCUCACUGGUUCUCCUCUUUGCACCUUCGUCAUUCUCCUCGUCUCCGACAUUUUUGUUUUUGUCUUCACAUGCUUAAUUUGUUUUGUAGGAUAUAAAGCCCCAAUUUUAAGGAUGUUUGCCGACAAGGUUGCAGCAACCGGGUAUUAUGUGGUGGUUCCCGACUUCUUCAACGGAGAUCCCUAUGAUCCUCGGAAUGUUGACAGACCUAUAGAUGUUUGGGUGAAAGACCAUCUGCCAGAGACAGGUUUUGAAGUUUCACAACCCAUAAUUGAAGCCUUGAAAAGUAAAGGUAUUUCUACUAUUGGAGCUGCUGGAUUUUGUUGGGGUGCUAAGACUGUGUGUGAACUCAUUCAAGCUGCUGUGUUAGCACAUCCAUCAUACAUCACAGUAGACGACAUCAAUGGUGUUAAUAUUCCAAUUGCUAUACUUGGAGCUGAGAAUGACCAAGUUACUCCUCCAGAGGUCAUAAAACAAUUUGAACAAGUCUUGGCUGCUAACUCUGAAGUUGAUAGUUUUGUUAAAAUAUUUCCUAAUGUCUCGCAUGGCUGGACUAUAAGGUAUGACACUAAAGACCCAGAAGCUGUGAAGGCUUCAGAGGAGGCACGUCAGAUCUUGUUGGAUUGGUUUGAUAAACAUCUUAAGUGAGAAAUCUUGUUGGAUGAAGAACUCCUAGAGUGGAGGAUGUAAACAUGUCACUCAUUCCAUGCUUUUAUUAUUUACAGCAAAAUAAAUGUGAUAUGAAAUCUUAAAGGUCUAUUUUAAGGAUUCAUUUGUUGCAAUUUGAUUUCAUGUAUUCUGAAUUAUAUUUGGGUUUUUGUCUAAUGUGCAUAACUAAAACAAUACUAUAUCAUAUAUAAGUUUAUUUUCUA